AUGCCCCAGCAGUCUGAUGCAAAGUUGCUCGAAGAGCUGACCGAAGUCCCUGCAGGCUGGUCGCUCGCGACCGUCAUCGACGCCUUCGUCUACUUGGCUGCUUUUCUUGGCUAUCCUCCUGCGGAUCGAGCUCGCGAGGCGCUGAGCGGGCGGCUGGUGGAGCUCUGGGCCGUGCAGCCGGCGGAGGCCCAGGCCUGGCUUGAGCGCUUCGGAGAGCUGAAGACGGCGACGAGGCAGGAGCGGCUCUGCGAGGCGCUGCUCCGCCACGGGGCGGCCGAGUGUGGGAAGUACAAGGGCGGCCCCUGGUACUUCUCCGAGGCGGGGCUCCUUCGAGGAGAGCCGGAGGACUCAGCAGCGGAGCGGGAGCGCUGUGCGGCGUGGUACCUGCAGCAGCCCCACACCCGGGAUCGCUGCCGGGAGCUCGCGGAGCGGCUCGUGUCGGCUGAGAUGAGCCUGGAGACUGCGCGAAAGCGGCAGAAGCUCGAGGAGGAGACCUCCGAGCGCCGGCGCCUCGAAGCGGAGCUGCAGAAGUCGCAGGAGGAAGGCCGAGAGCUGCGCAAUCGCCUGGCUGUGGCGGAGGCGGAGGUGUCCAGCAAGGAUGCGGAGCUCCAAACUGCGCAGAGCGAGAGUGCAAACUGCAAGGAGCGGUGCGAAGAUCUCGCAGCUCGCGCUGCAGAUGCCGAGACCGCGGCGGCAAGGAUGCAACAGGAGCUCGGGCAGUUGAAGGAGGAGCAUGCAACGACGAAGGAGCGUCUCUCGCAGGCCGAAGCCGAUGCCGCGGAAAGGAGGCUGGAGGUGCAGCGGCUGCAAGAGGAGACUCGCGGCUGCCAGGAGCGCAGUCAGCAGGCAGAGGUGGCUCGCUCGGUUUUGACAGAAGAGCCGGGGAGCAAAGCCGAGCUGCAGCUCGAGAAGGCCGUCCUCCAGGAGCGGUGCGAUCAGCUCCGCCAGCAGCUCCAGCAAACCUCGGCCAAAGCGGAGGCUGAGAGGUCGGCGAUGCUCGGCCAGCUUUCGGCUCUGUGGGACGAGAGGGGCAUGCACAAGGAGCGCAUCCGCGAGCUGGAGCGACAGCUUCAUGAGGAGAAGAAGCAAGAGCAGGAGUCCCACCACAGCAACUUCGCCAGCGGCACAGUUUCCAGUGAACAGGAGUCGGAUCUUGCGGAGCAUUUUGGGUACAACCUUGUGGAUGAGGACAGAGCUUCGAUCCUGAGUGGCUCAUCUCAGUCCUCGGUGAAGCAGAACUGCUUCAUGCUGGAUGCGAUGUUCAAGGUCCGCAUGGACGUGCUUCGUGAAGGGAGGGACCUCCAGAAAGGGUCGCAGGUCGUGGCCGGAGAUGGCAAGACCUUGUUGGAGGUGGUCGAGAUCUCCAAGGAAGCCCAAGCUGGGGAAGUGGUCGACUUAUGGGCGGGUGCUGCCAUGUUGCGGGUGACCCCGGACCAUCGCGUGCAGGUCCCGGAUGAGAGUGGCGAAGCAGGUCGCGUUUACGUCCCCGCAGGCAACCUGAAGGCGGGCGACUUCGUCAUGCUUGAUGCAGGGGAGCCGGUGGCCCUUACCAGUGCCGAGACCCGUCCCAUGGAAUGCAAGGUUUUGAAGAUCGUCUUCAAGCCAGACCUGCCUGUGGCGGUUUUCUCCAGCCCAACCUGCAUCCUCAGCAAGGGCCACAAGAAGAAACCGACGACGGCGCGUCGUGGUGGCAUGUGCCAGAGAGGCAAGGAGGCCGUCGAUCCCAUCGAUGAGGGGGCUUCCAUUCCGGAUACGGCCGCCGGGGAGUACAUGGACUGA